AGUGGAAAACCAACAAUUAAGUCUCUCAACUUUUAUCUAAACAGGUUCACCAGUGUUGUCCACUCUUCGUUAAAUAAGAUGAACAUUCUAGGGUUCAACUCGGAAUGAUAACUAUCAAACUGCAAUUAAUAACCAAUCAUCAUCAGUGAAGUUGGAUGGCAAGGACAGUCUGUAGAACAUUACUUCUGCAGAUACUAGAGGAGUGCUCUUGAAAAUAGUUGAAUCAUUUUGGUUUACGAGUUUAGAAUUUUAUUAAACGAAUAAAGUGGAUGAGAAUACAGUAUCGAGUCGCAUUCAAGUAACGAAAGUGGAUUGGAUAAGAUGCGAUAUUUCGCACGGCAAACGGUGCUGGUUCUCACGCUUUUGUGCUUGUUCCGGAUCGCUAAUGUGAAUGCUCAACAAGGUGAUUUAGCGGUCGGUGAUGAAUGUGUGGUCCAGCGAACGAACGCUCCCGGUAUCUGUCGGUUCGUUUCUGAGUGUGCAUCUGUGAUUGAUGAUAUACGAAACCGCCGGGGAAGUCCUACAAAGUGUGGAUUUGCGAACAAAGUGCAGAUAGUUUGUUGCUCAGACGGAGUUCAGCUAAGGACAACAUCAACCGAUGCUCCGAUAACAUCGACCAUGAUCAACCAUCCCCGGAUAGUGGAAAAAUGUGCUGAAUUCGGCGAGGCCGUAUUUUCCAAAGAGUACGUCAGUUCAUUGGGCGUCGAUGAACCGAAGCUGCACCGGCUGGACAAGUGCGGUCACAAAGCAGUCGAGCUGAUUGUUGACGGUGAGGCUGCAAAAUCGAGGGAAUUCCCCCACAUGGCACUGAUUGGCUACGGUGAAGCACCUGCGGUACACUACCUGUGCGGUGGCUCGUUGGUAUCCGACCGGUUCGUACUGACCGCUGGCCACUGUGUCAUCUCAGCUCAACAUGGACCUGCUACUGCAAUCCGGUUAGGCGAGCUUGCAUUGGACUCCUCAAAUGAUGAAGCCUUUCCGGAGGACUUCGGCGUCGCUGAACUGAUUCCGCAUCCUGAAUACAAGCAAACCUCACAGUAUAACGAUAUCGCUCUGAUUAAGCUGGACAGAAAGGUUAUCUUCUCCCCGUACAUAAGACCGAUCUGUCUUCCGACAAAGGCUGACUUCAAUAAUAAUCGUGCCAUUGCCACCGGUUGGGGAACCAUCGGGUACGGAGAGGGAACAAGCGCAAUUCUUCUCAAGGUAGUGCUGGAAAUGUUUACCUACGACGAAUGUGACAGCCAGUUUGAAGCGAAUCGUAGACUGAAGGAUGGUAUACAACGGGAAAGUCAGCUAUGUGCCGGCUCACGAAACUCCUCAAAGGACACAUGCCAGGGCGAUUCUGGUGGGCCGCUUCAAAUCUAUAACGACGAAAAUGUCUACUGCACAUACACAAUCAUCGGAAUUACAUCUUUCGGCAAAUACUGUGGUCUGGCAGGAUCUCCUGGUGUCUAUACUCGCGUUUAUCAAUAUAUUUCAUGGAUCGAGAAUCUUGUAUUCUAG